AUGAUCGGCCCCGACGUCCCUGCGCACCUGCUGGCUCCGGACUCAACAACGCCAGACGACGACUCCGACACGGAAGCCGGGCCCGCGCCUCCAUCGUCCAUUGGCCCCCAGAUCCCCGCCUCAGUCACCGCGGGACCCUCGAGGUCUGCACCCAAGGCAGAGGCAGCCGAAGCCGAAGAGGAGGACGAAGAGGACUACGCCCCGGCGCUGCCCCCGCACCUCGCGGCCGCGCGCGAGAAGCGGGUGCUGGGGCCCGCGAUGCCGUCUGCGGCGCGGGCGCGGCGGUACGAGGACGAGGAGGACGAGGACGAGGAGGACGUGGGCCCGAUGCCGCUCCCGUACGGGGUGGUGCUGGAGGAGAAGGACGCGGUGCAGGAGUUCAUGGAGCGCGAGGAGCGGCGGCGGAAGCAGCUCGAGGAAGCGGCGAAGCCCAAAGCCCCGAAACGCGAGGAGUGGAUGCUCGUCCCGCCCUCGUCGUCCGACCUCCUCGGCUCGAUCGACCCGACGAAACUGACGAGGGGGCGGCAGUUCGCGCGGACGGCGCAGCCCGCGCGCGACGCGGACCGGUCGCUCUGGACGGAGACCCCGGCGGAGCGCCAGCAGCGGCUCGCGGACGAGGUCGCGGGCAAACGGCGGCGGGCGCAGGACGUGGACCCGGCCGACGACGGCGUGGACGUGCGCAAGCGGCGGCGGCAGGACGAGGAGGUCCGGCGCGGGGUCGAGGAACACACGCGGAAGCAGCGCGGGGCGCCGCUGAUGGACCAGCACGGGAAGAAGGAGAAGGAGAAGAAGGAGGGGGAGGACGAGCCGCCGGCGUUCUGGGACCACGGGCGGGACAUGUCGCUCGGCGGGAGGCUUAUGGACGACGGCAAGCGGAACAAAUUCAUCAACGAGGCGAAGGGGCUGGGAGACCGGUUUGGGAGCGGGAAGAGCGGCGGUUCUUGUGAGCCUGUGUUUGGUGCUCGAGGUUGCUCUGCAUGUGGUCGACACUAG